AUGGCGAUUGCUAAAGUGGAAGAUGAGCCACGCGCUUCCGUUGAAGUUGGAUGCGGAAACAUCCUGGGACGUGGUGCUGGCGACGGCGAGGGGAAUCGCCGAGUUGAAAUCGGCGGUGACGACACUGUGAAGGGUGAUAUCGCCGGAUCUGUCGCCGGAGAAGAUGGAUUUUCAGCUGAGAAAUCGAUUGACGGAGCUAGGUCCUCUGAGGCGGAUGCUUCAACGGUCACUCCAACUCAACUUACUAUCUUCUUUGGUGGGAGAGUGACUGUGUUCGAAGGAAUUCCAGCAGAAAAGAUUCAAGAGAUCCUCCGUAUAGCUGCUGCUGCUGCUGCUAAAUCAAUUGAGACAAAGGUUUCGUCAACGAGCGUCAGUCCUGUCCCUUCUCCAGCAAUGAACAGAGCUCCUUCUUUCUCAAGCACAUCCACUGCUGCUUCACCUGCUGCACAGUCCUUUCCCGUUAACCCUAUCUCGUUUUGCAGAUCCGCGGCUGAUCUACCAAUUGCAAGGAGGCAUUCGCUUCAACGGUUCCUUGAGAAACGACGGGACAGAUUGGUCAACAAAACCCCUUACUUUGUUCCCCCCACAAAAAAGGACGAUGUCCCAAUAGAGAAUGCCGACACAAGCUCUCUUGGUGCAGCCUCUAUUAAGGAGGAAACCCCGACUGCUUAG